CUGAGCAUUGAAUAUCCGCGGGCGGAGGCGGAGGGGCGCCUGGCACACACACACACACACACGCGCGCGCACACACACACACACACACACACACAGUGGGGGGGUGGAGGAGGACAGAGGGAGAAGCCAGUGACCGGGGCAUGGGAGACACUUUCCCCUCCCCACAGCCACCCCCUCACCAUAUCACCCUACCAGCCCUAGCCAAUACAGGGAAUAGACCACAGCCUCCCCGCCCCGCAUUCCUAUGGACAGACACCUGCAGGAAAGGAGUUGUUGAUCCUAUAACAUGGAGGAUUGCCUUCAUACCUCUUCUGAAAACCUUUCCAAACUGGUCAGUUGGGCCCACAGCCAUGGGACCAUCUGCAGCCUCAUUCCAAAUCUAAAGCACUUGCUUUCUGAAGGUUCCCAUGGCAACCUGACAGCUAUGUGGGGCUGUAGCGCAGGCCAUGCAUAUCAUUGGCCACUGACUGCUACCUGCAGGGCUGGGUCUCAGGAAAGAGUAUGUUUCCAGGACAACAGAAGCUUCAACUCAGACAGUCCCAGCAUCAUAGGUGUGCCCUCUGAGACACAAACUAGCCCAGUAGAGAGAUACCCUGGGAGACCAGUGAAAGCAAAGUUGGAUUGUAACAGAACCAGGGACUCCUGUGAUUUCUCUUACUGCAGUGAGCCUUCAGAGCUAGAUGAAGCCAUGGAAGAAUACGAAGAUGAGGCUACCCUCUUUGAUAUGGUCUGCGAGUCCUCGGUGACAGAUGAGGAUAGUGACUUUGAACCUCAUACCCAAAGAUCUCAAACCAUUUCCCGCAAAAGGCCUGGAGCGGGCCAAUCCUCAUCAUCUCUUUCAGGCUCCCAGUCUCAGGUCAUCGAUGAAAGUAGUAACAAUGUGAUCGUCAAAAAGAUUAAGCAAGAAAUCCCUGAAGAUUAUUAUAUUGUGGCUAAUGCAGAACUUACUGGUGGCAUUGAUGGGCCUGCAUUAUCGCUGACGCAGAUGUCAAAGCCCAAGCCUCAAACUCAUGCUGGACCUUCCUAUAUUGGCCCUUCUAAGCCCACCCCUCCUGUAGCACCUUCUCUCAGUGCUGAGCUAGACUUACAAAAUGUGUCUGCUUCUCCCCCCGUCAUAUCGAGGCCUGCAGUUCAGAAGCCUGCAAGAGUAACUCUGGCUUCUCCAAACAGAGGACCAGCUAGCACCCCUACAGCCAACCAACAGGUAGCGCUCCAGAUGCCAGUCAGUACUUCCAAUACCAGCAAACAGAUUAGCAUUCCUUUAUCAGCCCUGCAGCUCCCUGGACAAGAAGAGCAAGCUGCUUCAGAAGACCUUCUCCAACCCGUGCCAAAUCAGGUUCCUGCUGGCGAAGUAGCAUUAUCUCCUUCAAUUAGCGCGGAGCCGGAAGUCAGCUCUAGUCAGCAACAACCUAACACUGCUCCUAUCAUCACUGCGGAGGCAACAGCACAGUCAAUACCAGCAUACUCGACUAAACUCAACAAAUUUCCUGUCUUUAAUUUCGACGAUGACCUGAAGUACCUGUGUAUCAGCGCCGUGAGCCCAAACACUACAAAGGCUACACUGUACGCUCUGAACGUGUGGAGAUACUGGUGCAUGACAAAAGGACUUAAAGACUACAUGGACAUCACUAAGAUUCCAGCCUCGAAGCUGAAUGAACUCCUUGAGGACUUCUACAUUACGGUGAAGAAAACGGAUGGUUCGGACUUCCUAGCCACGUCUUUGCAUGCUAUCCGCCGAGGCCUGGACCGGAUUCUGAAGAAUGCUGGUGUGGGAUUUUCCAUCACCAGCAGCACCUUCACAUCCUCCACCAAAAAGCUGAAGGAGAAACUCCGGGUGCUCAGCAAGGCUGGGAUGUCUGGCGCCCGCUCUCGCAACAUCGUCUAUUUUUCCCUGUCUGACGAAGAAGAGAUGUGGAGAACAGGAUGCUUGGGUGAUGAGAGUCCGGUAGCCUUGCUAUCCACUGUGGUGAAAUAUAACAGCCAGUACCUCAACAUGAGGACUUUGCAGGAGCAUGCAGACUUAAUGUAUGGAGACAUUGAAUUACUCAAAGAUUCGCAAAACAGGCCCUUUUUUGCCCGAACGGACAGCGUGAAACGAGAACACAGGGUGAGCUCUAACAAAGUGUGUUAUGGCCAGAUAUACCACGAGCACUCCAAAGGACACAAGCUGUGUCCCUACUGCCUCCUUUAUAAGUACAUGUACAUCCACCGGCCCCCAACCCAGAUGGAAGCAAAGUCUCCUUUCUAUCUGACUGCACGGAAGGAGAUUAGCGGCAUGGGAAAUGUGUGGUACGAGGAACAAAGGAUGGGUCUCCGUUCCCUGAGGGGAGUCGUCCCAAAGCUGGCUAAAAAAGUCAAACUUGACCACUGUGAAAACUUCACUUUUGUUUCAUUCACUCAGGCUUCCAGAAAGUUUGGCUCUCUUAACUCCUAUCAACAAGUCUGACAUCCAUGUUCUAACCCCAUCCGUUUGUUCAGUCAGUUGUACACGAAGGGGGCACUGAACUAAAGGAGCUUAUUUCAGUAGCCAGACCCCUAUAGGCAAGCAGAAAGAUGAUGGCCUGCUGGCGACUCGCUUUGAUCCUUAUCGAAGCAGCUGCUACUGAGAAAAAUUGAGCUCUUUUCCAAAUGUGUGUUAAUUAUAGUCUAUUAUUGAGACACUAUAUUGCUGCAUAUACAAGAAUGCUACAAGAGUGAGGAAAUCAGUUAAUUACAGUGCCUUUUAGCACAGGUUUUUCUCAACAACUACCACAUUAAACUGGUCCAGAAAUAAAAUUCCCACUAGGUUAGUAGCUUUAGUACAUUGUGAAGAAAGUAAGUUGCUAUUAAAUAAUAAUUUAAAAAGUGGAAAGAGUGAGAGAGUAAAUAUUUCCUGGGGGAAAAUUGCACUUGACACUUUGCUGUUUGGUUGAUGGAUAAUCUACUUCUGAAAAGCAAGCAGCAUCACUUGAUGGAAGAUCUUCCUGGAAGAUGCAGCUUUCUUCUGUCACAAUGUUUGGAAAGCAUGAACUUGGGUUAUGGAAGGUCUCUGUAGUGGUUGUCACCUGCUUUCCAUUGUCAACUGGGGCAAUUUUAUGAAGCCAGAUUCAUGUACACACAUGCAUUUGAGAACUAUAUUUCCUACGCAACGGAUGACCUGUGCUAUCAUGGAUUUAUGGCUUGGAUUAAGGGAGCUAUUAUCAAAGACUGGUAACUCUUGAAGCAGAAGUGCCUAUGUUUUCUUUCAUAGUUACCAUACAAAGGUUAUUUUCUUGUGAACCAUUCUUAGAUUUUCCCAUCUGGGCGGUAUAUAAUGAAUAUAGAUAUUUUUCCAAUAUACAGUAAUUUACACUGGAUCUGUAGAUACUGCUAGAAGUAAUUCCUGGAUUUACCAAACAGACAAACAAACAUGGUUACAGCAUCCUCAAAAGACAGCUUUUUAAACCAAUUUAUAAAAGUUAAGUCCAAAUUUUUCCCAAAGGCCAACUAGUGAUUUUGGCUGCCCCACUUUGGAGACCCCUUAAAGGGACCUGAUUUCAGCAUUGUCUGAAAGUCAGGUCCCUUUACAAUGUCUCAAGUUUUGCACCCAAACACUGAGGCUCUCAGAAUCACUUUUGUAAAAUCUUGGUCUAAACUCUUAGGGUUCAAUCCAGCUGCCAUUCAAGUCAAUGGGAAGACCCCUACUGAUUGAAAUGGGAGGUGUAUCAAGCCCUUAAGUCACAAGAAGAUGUGUCAUAGAAGACCUUGCCCCUAUUUUAGGGAGAGUUUUACCAUUCAUGGCUCAUUGUUCUAGUAGAAAUGACCUGGCUGUCAUCUUCCAAUAUAUCACAAAGUUGUGACAUCAUUAUGGAAUCUGGGGACACAUCAAGCGACAGAAUCAUUUGUAUACCAAGAUGGUGUUACACCUUUAAAUCAUAGCUCAAGGUCCAUAGUUAAGUGAAUACAGAUAUAUAGAAAUAAAAUCGGGCUUUAUUUUUUGGAAGAUUCACACACCCAUUGCUAGUAUACUUCUAGCAAGAACUUGAUUUCUAGUAUCUAUUUAUUAUCCAUGAGUUCUAAAAUAUAGUUUUACUUCUGUCUUUUAAAUGUGUGUGCACAGCAUUAAAUGUUACUUUAGUUUUAAGAAAGUCAUUCACUGGACCGGGAGAGAGAGAGCAGCAUUAGCAAGGGAAAUAUCCAUCAUAAGCUACCAACUAAACCCUUGUGCAGGCUGUGUAGCUUAUUUUCCUCCUUCUGUUUGUUUCCUUACUAAGGACCUGAUCCUGUGGGGUCUGAGUACCCUCCACUCCCCUUUGACUGCAGGGAGAGCCGAAGAUGCCCAUGCGUAUACAUGAUCAGACUCCUAGUAAAUGUAGCGUGAUAGCUGUGGAGUUAGGAACUUUGGUGAAGCUGUAUUUCUUUCAGAGAACUGUACAUUGUAGCUUGAUGCAUAUUUCUGAGUAUUGUUAGUGCUGAUGUCUGAAAGAAAACAUACAUUGCUCUAAACACUGUACCUCUUCUUGGUUUACAUUGUUUUCCUUUAUUUGACUGACUCUGGUAAAGGGAAUAUCCGGUUGAAACAAGGUUUUGUCAGUUCUCUGAAGCUGAUCUUCAUGUAGGAGACCGGCAUGUAGGAGACUGUAUGUGCAGUACACUGUAGUAUCACAAAGGCAUUAUAGCAAAUAACUGGACAUUACUGAAAAAAAAAAAGCAAAAGUUAUAUUUAUAUAGUGUGGGUAGUUUUUCCUUUUCUUUCGGCUUUCACGUCUGCCUUGCACCUUUGUGCAGUCAUUUGCACCUCUGCAAAGUCAGUGCAAAAUGCUGACAUUAGUAGCAUAUACUGGUUAGUAGUAUACCUCUGCCCAGAUAUAAAUGGCAGCUCAAGGGGCAGGGCUGUGAAGAAUUUAGUCUUGGACGUGUCAGUUUUAAUGGCAAAAAUUUCCAAACCUAGAUGCCUAAAGUCAGGCUUUUAAAUCCACAGUUGGCACCUAAAUAUGUGGCCUAAUCUUCAGAGAUCCUGAACUUCUGAAGCUCCCUUGGGAGUUGAUGUUGCUCAGCAAUUUCUAGGAUCAAGCGUUGGGAGAGGGCGUCACUGUUAAAAGUAUUAGGGAAGAGAUUUCCAAAUGCACAAAGGGGCACUAGGCAUGAAUCUAAAUGUGGCUGCUUAUAGCAGAAUUUGGCUAAAAUUUCGUUAAUUCCCUUCUGAACUCUAUUAGGACAGAAGCAUUUCAUUUCAUUAUUGUAUUCCAGAAUUCUCUCUACAAGGAGAAACUAAUUCACAAGUAUUAUCUGAUAAAACAGUAUAAAAUGAGGAAAAAUCCUACUUCUUUGCUUUAAGAAGUGAUUAAUGCUAAUAAGAUUUUAUUUUAGUACUAGUAUAGAUUCCCUCCCACCCCAAAAUUUUUUUUCAUGGCAUUAAUAGCCAUCAUUUGAACUAAAUGGUGCCCCUCUGUGCUAACAUGUGAAUCUAUAUUAUCCAAGGAAAGCAUUUAUCCUAUUCCUGAUCUGCUAGCAGUGAAGAUGAGCUUUCCGUGUUUUGCAAACAUUUGUAUUAUCUGCAUUUGAAAAGCAAAUAGAGCACUGAAGGGUAGCAGAUGCCAGACAAGCUCAGACGGGCAUGGAAUCAGGCAGCUUGUUAUCCUGCAUUUGGCCUAUCAAAUCUGAUACCUGAUACUUCACAGGAUACCCACAAUGCACCUGUGUACCAGUAAGCUUUUUGUAGGGAUUGUGUGAGAAGAUGCUACCCUAUGAGCUGAAAAAAAUAAUACCUAAUGCUUUUGUGAAGGAAAGUCUGUCUUGAUCCUGUUUAACAAUGUCUUUUUUUUAAAUGUUCUUAAGUUAGAUAAUUUGGUGGCUCUGUUCUGAUUUAUAAUCAGUGUUUGCUCUGAAAUAAAAGCAAUAUUCAUCUUUGCAAAUUGUGAGAAGUGACUAAAUAUUUCAGAAUCUAAUUUUUUUUUGAAGUAGAGAACAACAUUUGAUAGUUUAAUGAUGAAUUUUUUAAAAAUUAUUUGUUUAUUCCCUAAACU